GAAAUCACCUGUUGCAAUUGAACAAAGAGCAGAAAGAGCUUUGGUUAACACUUCCGUCUGGCAUUUUGCUAUUUUUUAGAGUUUUCCCUCUUUUUGUCCUUAUUUCCUGCAAGUACUCAUUUUUUUCCUUGACCCCCAGGAAAAAACAUAAUGCUGCACAUUUUUUCCUUCACUGAUAAUAAAUACACAUGGACUGCAGUUUGGAUUAUUGCCUAAUUUUUCAGCCAGAUCAACUAGGCCAACCUUACGGGCCCCGACCAUCUCUGAUAGACAGUGGAGACAGUGGAGCAACAUCCUGUCCUGCAAUCCAGGCAAUGGCAGCAGAGCUGGCAAUGGGGGCUUGUCUUGAACUCAAUAUGGACUCUUCUUUGAUGAAUUGACCAAGAGAGACCCAAGACUCCACUUCGACUCAAGAAAUGUCGGGUACAGGAGAGGAUAUUUCUCAGGUUCACUGGAAGCAGCAGUGGUUGGAAAACGGGACGCUGUACUUCCACGUGUCCAUGGCUGAGUCUGAGGUGCUGCCUCAGACGACACAACCCACACCCCGAGAGCCUGCUCAUGUCCUGCAUGAACACAUGCAUCUGCUUCACAUUUCGGUUAUGGGUGGCCUCAUCGCCCUCCUCCUCCUUAUUCUUCUCUUCACCCUUGUCCUGUACACCCGCCACCGGUGGUGCAAGCGACGCCGAAUCCCCCAGAAGAGCGCCAGCACCGAGGCCACUCACGAGAUCCACUACAUUCCCUCUGUGCUGCUGGGACCCCAGGGCCGGGACAGCUACAGGGGCUCUCGCGGGACACAUCAGCACGGAAGCUCCGUCAUCGGCAUGCCCAUCCGAGAGACCCCAAUCCUGGAUGAUUACGACUGUGAUGAGGACGACCAGGUUGGACACUCGCAUAACUCCACGCCUAAUCAGCUGCACAACAAGCUGAAUGAUGGGAAGUGCCAGGAAGACUAUGGAGUGAAUAUUGGCAUCGGAGGACACACCGACAUGAUGUGCAAGGAAAAUGAGAUCAAGCAUAAUUUUGAUAAACGAGCCAUAGACCCAAACACAGAGUCGGUCGAAGAUUUGAUGCAGAGGUUCCAGGACAGUUUUCGGGUUCCCAACACGCCGACGGACAUGUCUCACUACCAGCACGCCAUCCACAGCUCAUCGACAGGCCGCCGGAGGGUGCCCAGCCACACCAGAGUGGCUGGAGGCGUGUUUGGUCCUCAAGGAGAAUCAGGGUCAGAGCCUGAAGAUGACAACCAAAUGAAGUUUUACACAGAGCAGCACAGGGGACGAAGGCGCAGCAAAGGCCACCCACACAGCCCUCUAAAUAAGGUCACCCUGACGUUGAUCACCAUCAGCACAUGUGUCAUUGCCAUUGUCUAUGCCACGCAGGACUCCUGCCCUCUCACUGUCAAGGUUACCCUCCAUGUGCCCGAGCACUUCGUCGCAGACGGAAGCAGUUUUGUGGUGAGCAUGGGCAGCUUCCUGGAUGUUUCCAAUUGGCUAAACCCAGCCAAGCUAACCCUCUACUAUCAGACCAACUCGUCCACACAAUGGGUUCAGGACUACUGCGGGCAGAGGGCCACCGAGCCCUGCGAGCAGAUCUGUGAUCAGGAUACAGGAGAAUGCAGCUGUCACGAAGGCUAUUCCCCCGAUCCUGUCCAUAAACACCUCUGUGUUCGCAGCGACUGGGGUCGAAAUGAAGGUCCUUGGCCAUACGCUAACCUGGAGAAAGGCUAUGACCUAGUUACAGGAGAGCAGGCCCCAGAGAGGAUCUUCAGAUCAUUCUACAGUCUGGGCCAAGGGUUGUGGCUGCCCGUCAGCAAGAGCUUUGUGGUGCCACCGGUGGAGCUGUCAAUCAACCCCAUCGCCAGCUGUAAGACGGACGUGUUGGUGACUGAGGAUCCAGGGGAGGUCAGGGAGGAAGCCAUGAUGUCCACGUAUUUUGAGACAGUUGAGGACCUUCUGGCAUCUUUCGGGCCUGUUCGUGACUGCUCCAAAGAUAACGGAGGCUGCAAGAAGAACUUCAAGUGUGUGUCUGACAGGCAGCUAGAGUCAUCCGGCUGCAUGUGUCCUGAGGGGCUGAGGCCAAUGAAGGAUGGCUCAGGUUGCUAUGACUACUCCAGGGGCAUCGACUGCACGGAUGGCUUCAAUGGAGGCUGCGAACAGCUGUGUCUCCAGCAGCUCGUGCCCCUUGAAGAUGACCCCAGUUCCAGCAACGUGCUCAUGUUUUGCGGGUGUGUGCAGGAGUACAAACUAGCAGGGGACGGCCGCUCCUGCCUCCUGCAGUCAGACAACUGUGAGGGACCAAAAUGCUCGAGGCAGGAUGUUCACUUCAAUGACACCCUGUUUGGCGAGAUACUGCAUGGAUACAACAACAAAACCCAGCAAGUCAACUUGGGACAGAUAUUCCAAAUGACCUUCCGGGACAACAACUUCAUAAAGGACUUUCCUCAGCUUGCAGAUGGUCUCAUGGUCAUUCCUUUACCAGUGGAAGAACAGUGUCGAGGAGUGCUGUCUGAGCCUUUGCCCAACCUACAGCUUCUGACAGGGGAUGCACAAUUCAGUGAAGCAGUGGGCUACCCGAUGGUUCAACAGUGGAGAGUGCGCAGCAAUCUGUACAAAGUCAAACUCAGCUCCAUCACCUUAUCUACAGGCUUCUCUAAGGUACUGAAGACCCUGUCGGCAGAGAGCACACGCGAGGAGCUCCUGGCUUUUCUCCAGCAGUACGGCAGCCACUACGUGUCCGAGGCCCUGUACGGCUCCGAGCUCAGCUGCAGCAUCUACUUCCCCAGCAAGAAGGCCCAGCAGCAGCUCUGGCUGCAGUACCAGAAAGAGGCAACAGACCAAGGGGUCGUCGGAGUUGGGCGGCGUGAGCUGAAGUCGGUUCCCUUCAUCAGCUACUUGUCGGCGCUGCAGAAGAGCCAGCUGCUUUCUGACGACAUGGUGAACGGCGUGGAGAUCCGCUGCGAGGAGAAGGGGAGCUGUCCAGCUGGCUGCCACCUGUGCCACCACCAGGCCGUGAUGGGAGGAGUGUCAGGGAGGGGAGGCCACGCUGGGAGCAGCAGGAGUGGAGAGCAGCCUUCCCCCAUCCCGGUACUGCUGGAAGUCAGCCGUGUGGUGCCCCUCUACAGCCUGGUCCAAGACAACGUCACCAAAGAGGCCUUCAAGAGCGCCACAAUGAGCUCAUACUGGUGUGCCGGAAAGGGCGAUGUCAUUGAUAACUGGUGUCGCUGUGACCUGAGUGCCUUCAGCAAAGACGGCCUGCCUAACUGCAGUCCCCUCAGGCAGCCAAUUUUGCGUUUAGCCCCUUACCUGGAGCCCUCGAGCACAAUGGUGGCCCUGGAGUGGAUGGACGUGGAGCCUCUGAUUGGCUGCAAAGUUGCUGACUACAUCAUCCAGCAUAAACGGGUGGAGGAUCCCUCAGAGGCAGAGAUCUACACAGGUGAAGUCCUGAGUCUGAUGGAUGAUCUGUUCACUGGAUUGGGUUCACCUUGUGUUGUUGCCGGAAAGCGGAGCGGGGACCAUCCUCACUCAGUGCUAUAUUCAGUGGUCUUCAAGUGCCUGGAACCCGACAGUCUCUACAAGUUUACACUGCAUGCAGUGGAUAGCAGGGGCAGCCAGUCUGAGUCGAGCUUUGUCUCCGUACGAACAUCUUGUCCAAUGGUGGAUGACAGCCGAGCUGAAGAGAUAGCAGACAAGGUGUACAACCUGUAUAAUGGCUACACCAGUGGAAAGGAGCAGCAGAUGGCCUACAACACUCUGAUGGAGAUCUCGCCUCCACUGCUCUACAGAGUCCAGCAUCACUACAACUCCCACUAUGAGAAGUUUGGAGACUUUGUGUGGCGUAGUGAGGAUGAGCUGGGCCCCAGAAAAGCCAAUCUGAUACUUAAUAGGGUAGAGAAGAUAAGCCACUACUGCCGGUCCCUCUUGCGCAGCACCCACAUCCAGAGCCGCACUGACACCAUGGCGUAUGUCUACUGCCGGAGCGAAGAGGGCCGACCUCCCAGUAACACGUGGCAUGGCUCCUUACAUGAAAGACGCACUACCUGUAUGGAAAAGCUGAUUUCUGUACAGCGUAACACAUACAGCAACACCAAACUCCGAUGAGACAGGAGUUUGGAGACAAGCAGUGUGCUUUUUUUUUCCCACUGCAAAAUGACAUCAAUGACUGAUGUACCUCGUCAACCUCUGCAGCAGGUGUCUCUCAACUGACCGGUGGAUUUUAGAAGCCAGGAGAGCCUAAGAAAACCUCAGAAUUCACUGGACAUUGUGUUCAAGCUACUGAAAAAAACUAUUUUUCUGUGGCCUACUUUUACUAUGAGACAGAAGAAGAAAUAAAAAAAAUUGAGCAAGCUUA